GAUGGGUCCGAAGGUGAUUAGGUGAAAGGUGUUGGCGGUUGCAGAAGUAAACAAAGAAAGCUAUGGCCGAUUAUCAAGUCAAAGUUGCCGGGGAAGCGGUCGUAGAACAGCCUACACAGACGUCCGAUGCCGAAAACUACGUGCUAAAUCUUGAUCACGAAGACGUGAAGACAUGGCCUCCACAGAGGGUAGCGGACGAAUUUUUGAGGAAUAUUGGCCUUCAAUAUUUGGGCGAACAAUUUGUUGUUAAUAAAAUUGGGGGGAACAUCUUGGCUAGUCUAAAUGAGUCUCAUUUGAAAGAAAUGGGUGUCUCCGUUCUUGGGGACAGGAUAUUUCUUCUUGAAAUGGUCUCAUACUUGAAGAAGAAAAAGAUUGAUGUUGCUCGUUCCCAGUCUCUAUGGUCGGGCCAGACACCCGCAGAUGGCUGCCCUUACAAGAGGAACUGCACAGAACUUUGCUGUCCUGAGUUCUUCUAUGGUCCAACGAAAUGGAGAGUGACUGGUCAGGGAAUCUUCUACAAGGAUGAACCGUCCUGUUGUUUCUGUUGUGGAACAGUAAACCAAGAGUAUAUUGACUACCGUUUCCUAAAAGAUCUUGAGCUGAAAGAAACUCGAUUCUGUUGUUGCUGGCGAGCCAAGAUUCUCGAGAUAUACUCGGAGGACAAGGAUAGCGGUGGAUCGCAUCGCCCCGCCGGAGAUGAUUCCCCUCCCGAUGGUGCGUUUGCUCCCCAUAUCCUUAAACACCCCGAAGCGCCAAAGGUGGAGAAGAUCAUCCGAAACGCCUGGACCCAGGCUAGACUUGUCGCUGAUUAAGGAGAGCGAUGACGAUGUGGUAAAAACACAAGAACAUUCAUGAUAUUACUAUGGUAUAGAAAAACACUACGUCUUUUGGUUACAUAUAGUAACCACGGUAUGCAUAUUGUAUCUAAUCACUGAUCAUUGCCUAACUGGCGUUCUAGUGUGCCCUCAUACUAAAAUUGGAAAGUUCUAUUUAAUCCUAGUCGUUUUAUAUAAGUUUAAUGUGAAAAGAAGGGCCCGAAUGAUUUGCUUGCAAUGUUAUGUACAGGUACCUCUAUGGUGUUAUACAUAUAUAUUAUAUUAAUCGUAUUAUACAUUCAAAUGACAAUUAUGUCAAUAUAUACUCUGCAUCAAUAUUCAUAGCGCAAAGAUAAAAGUGUUGACAGAUGGAAAAGCUACUUUAUUUAACUGCUUAUAUGUAACUCACAAGAGACGCAUCAGUUUAACAAACGGCGUGCGUCUUUUUAGCUAACAAUUGGUAUAUAUUUAUCUUAAUCACUGCUAAUAACCAAACUAACCAUGGAUGUAUAUGUGGAGUUAGUGGAGAAUAA